GUGAGAGUGGGAGUGAGCUCUGAACAGAAAACGAUGGCUACUACUACCUGGGCGAACCCGAACGACCUCAUCUCCACGUCUUCCUCAAUUCCCACCGCAUUUCACCACAACACCCUCAGAACCUGCACUAUUCCUCUCCCCACCAAAACAAGGACCGCUCUUAAACGACACCGUGUCAGCUGCUCCUUCGCCCCCAUGGAAUCCGCCAAGAUUAAGGUCGUCGGCGUCGGCGGCGGUGGCAACAAUGCCGUUAAUCGCAUGAUUGGCAGCGGUUUACAUGGUGUUGACUUCUAUGCAAUAAACACGGAUGCUCAAGCAUUGUUGCAGUCGGCUGCAGAGAACCCGCUUCAAAUUGGAGAGCUUUUGACUCGUGGACUAGGUACUGGUGGGAAUCCACUUCUGGGGGAACAAGCUGCUGAGGAAUCAAAAGAGGCCAUUGCGGGUGCUCUUAAGGGCUCAGAUCUCGUCUUUAUAACUGCUGGUAUGGGUGGAGGCACAGGGUCUGGUGCUGCCCCUGUUGUUGCACAAAUAUCUAGAGAGGCAGGUUAUUUGACAGUUGGUGUGGUUACCUAUCCUUUUAGCUUUGAAGGGCGUAAAAGAUCAGUGCAGGCAUUGGAGGCUAUUGAAAAGUUGCAGAAAAAUGUUGACACUCUUAUAGUGAUACCCAAUGAUCGCCUGCUUGAUAUUGCUGAUGAGCAGACACCCCUUCAGGAUGCUUUCCUUCUUGCUGAUGAUGUUUUGCGUCAAGGAGUGCAAGGAAUUUCUGACAUAAUCACAAUACCUGGACUGGUAAAUGUGGAUUUUGCAGAUGUAAAGGCAGUCAUGAAAGACUCAGGAACUGCAAUGCUUGGAGUAGGGGUUUCCUCCAGCAAAAAUCGUGCAGAAGAAGCAGCUGAACAGGCAACUUUGGCUCCGCUGAUUGGGUCUUCAAUACAAUCUGCCACUGGAGUAGUGUAUAAUAUCACUGGAGGAAAGGACAUAACCCUGCAGGAAGUGAACAGAGUGUCUCAGGUUGUAACAAGUUUGGCAGAUCCUUCUGCUAACAUAAUCUUUGGAGCUGUUGUGGAUGACCGCUACACUGGAGAGAUCCAUGUGACUAUUAUUGCAACAGGCUUUUCUCAGUCCUUCCAGAAGACACUACUAACAGACCCCAAAGCAGCAAGGCUGGUUGACAAAGUUGCAGCGGGUCAAGAAACCAGGGGAAUCCCCCUUCCCCUCAAGUCAUCCACCACUCCAUCAAGACCGGCUACAAGAAAGCUUUUCUUUUAGUUCAUUGUUGCUUGUUAGUCUCUUCAGUCUCUUGUGCAUUUGCCUUGUAAUGAUAUCGAAGCUCUGUUAUAAAAUAUCAUUAGUUUUCUCUAUC